AUGGCCGAUAGUAUCAAAGACGGAAGCGAAUCGCCAGGCCGGAUCGUGCGCACCUUGAGCUCAAGCGGUGUGCUUCCUCGGCUGUCACCACCGGGCGACCAAGAAGCCACCUCAUACUACCGGUACCUGCCAUCCCAACCACGUCUUCUGGGCCGCACGACGUCGGGGGUCAUACCGUGGCCGCCACCUCUUCAACCCUUGCCGAACGAGUACGUGUCUCACCGAGAGUCACCAAAGAACGUCUUGGCGCCCAUUGGUGACCACCCCAUCGUUGCCAUCUGGGACAACAUCGAGCUCCUAAUUCAAGACGCACUGUCCCGCUUACCCUGGACGUCAAUCGACGUUUUUCGAAUCGGCUUGCAAAACAAGCGAAUCCUUGAUCGGCCAGUUGUUGUGUGGGUGGGAAUCGACACCAGCAGAGUGUCCUGGGACAACCAGGUCGCGCCCGCCCUGCGAGCAAUCCGCACCAUCCUAGACGAUGCAAACUUGCGGGACGUGGAGAGCGAGUUCCGCACAUCGGAUGUCCACUAUCUGUCGAGCCCUGUCUUACUGAGUCCCAGUAAGAUAGACCUUCUGUCUCCGAAGUUCUACGAGUGCACCAACGUCAUUGGAACGGCUAUUGGGCAGUCUUUUGCUCCAACGGACAACGACAACGUGCAAGGUACACUUGCGUGUUAUCUGACAUACGACCAUGGUCACGAUGACGGAUGUGACAUCGACGCCGUGUUUGCACUGACCUGCCGCCAUUCGGCCCUGCCAUUCAACGUUCACAGAUCCAAAGACAACAAGCCGUAUGCUCUAACGAGUCCAGAGCGAGAGCAGUGGAAGGUGGGUGUGCCCGGCAUAGCCAAGUUGAAAUAUGCUCUCCAAACAUCGAAAGACGAAAAGAACAUCUCCCAGGCCUCCAUAGAGAGUGCAGUGAAACUGGAAGACUUUCACCUUGUCGACCGCUACGAGCCUAUAUUAAGAGACUGGAGCACUUUGUUCGACAAUAUUGUCCCUUUUCUCGCAGUGGAGGACUGCGUUGUGGGGAGUGUUGUCCACUCUCCGGCACUGCAGCUCUGGAAGACGGGUGACCAUCCGUGGUCUCGGGACUGGGCCCUUGUUCGGCUGGACCGAACAAAAUUCCCCGACAGCGGGAACGGGUUAAGGAACACGGUCGACCUGCGGGUCAGAAAUCUCCCAGCCGGCUUGAGCAAGUUCCCCUUUCCCACGGACCGGCUCCUUACGCUCUCUGACAAGAGAAAGGAUAUCGUUACCCUACAAGAGAUGCGCGACACAAAAUCCCUUGACGGUAACGGCAACCGGUCCCUCAUUGUUGCCAAGAAUGGGGCGAGUACUGGCCUCACGUUCGGAAGCCCCUCCGAGCUCAUGUCGACCGUGCGUUACUGUAUGCCCGGUGGGCAUUCAUACACGACCCAUGAAUGGUCGAUCGAGGGCAGUCUCGAUAAUCCCUUAGAGCCAUUCUCUCAGAGUGGAGAUUCUGGCUCGUUGGUUUUCACCAUCGAGGGGAGGCCGGCGGGCAUGGUUACGGGAGGUGCUGCCGUCGGGGGGAAUAGUGGCGUCGAUAUCACCUACGUGACGCCGCUGGAGGUGAUCCUAAAGGACAUUGAGGAUUGUUUGGGGAACAGAAAGGUUAGAUUGCUGUGA